UGAUUUCUGUACACUCACUGAUUCCUUGACUUGACAUUUCCUCGAAAUGUGGAAAGUUCGGAGAUCAACAGCUCUUCAACACCAGUCAGCCACUUGGUGUCUAUAUGGAAAUCGCACCUCGAGCCACCACGGCCAGUACUUCCAGUCUUGUGCCACUGCCUUGUGUGCAGAGUUAAAACUGACAUUCGGCCAAUUUUGUUAUCAUCACCAUGGGUUCAAUGCAAUGGACCGAUGAAGAGGCCAACUAUCUAAAGGCCAUCUUCACAUGGCAAGAGGUACAAGGCGACGACAUGACUUCGGAUCGAACUAGCAGGUUAAGCCAGUUCGAGGCACAGAAUCGGCGCCCUGCAGAGGCCAAGGGUGAGGUGAAGACGGAGAGCGAUUUUCGUGUACUUAUCGUUGGCGCCAAAGGCUGCGGGAAAACAAGUGUUCUCACUAGGAUCGACGGUCUCAGCUACAACGUGGAUGUACUCGAGCUACCAUCAAAACAUCUCACCACUAACCUGAUGCUGGAACAAGCACUGGCGAUUACCGAGGGCGCGGUGCUUCUGUACGACAUAACCGACCAAGACUCGCUCGAGCUUGCGAUCCGCGUCCAGAGGUUCAUAAGUGGCUCAUUUCGGAGCAGCAACCCAAAGAACCGCGGGAUCCGUCGGGAUUAUGGCCUGGUCCUUGUCGGAAACAAGAGCGACGUCGAUGAAGAGGAACGCCGGGUGGCCUGGGCUGGGGGCUUCAAGACUGCAUCUGCAUUCGACAUGGGCUGCUCCUUUCUGGAGAUAAGCGCAAGGACUGGCGACAAUGUCAAAGAAAUGUUUCCUGCCGUAUGUCGGGAGAUACUCAGGCUGAGGCAGCAGAGCAGGAAACGUCAAGAGGAAGCCGAGAUUGCUGCGCUGCUCAGGCUCGAGACACAGGCUGGAGCGGGUGGUGGUUCGAGAAAAAGAGGUUUCUGGAGAACUCUCAUCAAUCCAUUUGCCGGGCGGCGUGAUUCUGUGCGGGCUUGA